GCCUGGAUCAGUACGUCAUAUGAGACUGAUAACUUCGACCACAUCAUCUCUUAGAAAGAAACAAGUGCCAUCCUGAUUUGCUCAAAUCCUUUGACACUUGUUUCACGCAAAAUUUUAAAAUCUCUCAAGUGAAUUUACCGCUGCAAUAGUUUUUGAUUGAAAUUGUCAAAUCUGACAUCAAACGAUAAAAUGGAAAAACCUUAACAAAAUAUUUAAAAGAUUUAUCAUUACACAAUAUCCGGACAGCAAUAUUUAACAUUUUAUCAAAAUUUUGAGAUAUAAAGAAAUUGCAAAUGAUCUGAGUGAUAAAUGAUGAUAAAUAUUCUUUCGUACGUUGGUAUAGAAUUACAGUCCGAAGUAUGCUUAUGGACUUUAUUAGGACUCGUGCGGACAAUAUUCGACGCAACUUUAUUUAAAGUAAACGCCAAUCUGAAACAGGUAUGGCAGAUGAGGAUGCCCGACGAUCUAACGCUGCCAGUGCAACGCAUGCUGCGCACCAUAAUCUCAGGAGUGAUGCUCGUGCAGUGUUUCACUGUAUACGUUUAUCUCGCCUCUUAUAUAGUUCUGAUGUAUCCUGUCUUUUUGGAGGAGCGACCUGCAUUAGUGUUACCUUGGCUUUUAUUAGCUGCUGUAAGAAAGUUGCUAUGUGAAUUGACGAACCUUGCGCUUGGCCUCGGCACUUGUGUAUUAUUGGGUCCCGCUAGGCCACCCUGUAUAAAAUUUCUUAUUAUCAAAGUUGCGUCUAUCAUGCCUGCUUUUUACAUGUGGAUACUCGUCUAUAGUUAUUACCACGCUCUCAAAGUGGCAUCAGUUUUCAAAACAUUCCCUGCAGUUUUACAAACUAGUGACCAUGAUUACGGUCUUGAAUUAGCUAUUCGUAGACGACGGACUAAAUCGUUACUUGGAGAAGAGGAGUUGCGCAAAAAAUUUGUCACAAAUUUGUACAAUGAAAGACAUUCUUCUAAUGGAACCGCUAAUCAGAUAAAAUGUGAUUAUUCAUCACGCAUAGACGAGUCUACAGAUUUGAUUACUGAAGAAAUCCCUAUUGAUUAUGAUAUAUUACAACCCAUUUCUACCACAUCUAAUCGAUUAAUGUCAGAUAUAGGCUUCUAUGAAGAUUGGUUUGGUAGUGAUGUUACGAUACCACGUGAUAGUGAUCGUAUUCUUGAACAAUUUGUAGUCAUGUUAUUGCAUAUUGCUGUAUUUUUAAAGAAAAAGGAAGAUCCAAACAAUGUAUGCUCUUUUAAUUCUCAGUCUUUAAUGACGGUUCCAAAAAUGGAUAAUAUUGAUUGUGCAAAUAUGCCUGUUGAUGACACGGAAACACCACUGCUUGUUGGUACUACGAGCCAAAAAACAGCUUCGUAUUUACAGAAAUAUCCGCAAAUUUUUAUGAAAAAAUAUCCUGAAGUAUCUUUAACUCUACAAUCAGAAGAUAAGUUAAACACAAAAAUAAUUCACAAUCUACAUAGAAAAGGGGAAAAAAAUAAUGUAGUUAAAAGUCAUAAACACACAAUAACUAUUGAAUCUAACCAGACAACAACAGUAGAUAUUGAAAAAGUAAUAAGUCGAAGAAAAAUUAAUGCACCAGAGUGUUUGAACAAUAAGAAAAUACAGCAAAAAUUAAGUGAGAAGUCUGUAGUUUUUAGCAAUAAAUCUGAUGAUGCUAAUCCUAUAAGUAUAGAUUUAGAACCAAAAUUCAAAGAAAAAAUUCUAAAUACUUUGAAUACAAUUAAACAACCAGCUUCUGUUCUGAGUUUACAGAUUAUAGAAAUUUCUUCGAAUCAGGAAAUACAUAAUUGUUUUUUUAAAAAAUCAACGGAAUCUUUAUCUUUAUCUAAUAGCUCUGCCGAAAAACCUACUAUAACUAGAAAAAGAUCUUUAGAAGAAAAAAAUAUAAAAUGGAACAUUAAAUAUCACCGGAAUGAAUCAUAAAAAUAUACAAAGUGAUAUUGAGUCAUUCUUUUCUUCAAUAAUUCCACAACAUGUAUUUUAAUUUUCUUAUUCAGGCGUAUUUGGUUGGCAUAUAUUAUUUUCUACAGC